GCUCGGCAGUUUUUCCGCUAGCGACAGCAGCAGCAGCAUCCUCCUCCUCCCGAAGAUGACGGCGCUGAGGUGCAUCGGCAGCUGCCUGCCGUUAUUCGUCAUGGCGAUCGUCUUCGACGCCCUCGGUGUGGUGCUGCUGUUCGUCGGGAUAUUCGGUAACGUGCGGACGCAAGGCGUGUUUUACGGGGAUUUCCUCAUCCACACCGGCGCGCUGGUCUUGUUCGCCAGCCUGGCCUUGUGGCUCAUGUGGUACGUGGGGAACAUCAGGGUGAAGGAUGAAGGUUUGGCGCGCAGAUCGAGCGCCGCGCACAGCGUCAAAGAGCUCGCGAGGAAGCUCACGGAGAGACUGUCCAAAACACACCUGAAGGACAACACCGGUGAGAAAACAGGAAGCAAAGCUUCCACCAUUCGAAACAUAACGUGGGGAAAAUCCACCUAUUUCCCAGGACACAAGGAUCUCGAAUCGGAUAUGAUCAAAUGUGAUGAACUAGCCCAUCAGCCUGCCAUACAUUCCUUGGGUUCUGCUUACUUGAGCUUCUCCAAGAUGGACUGCAAGGAAAGAGUCGGACGCUGCUUCCUCUUUCUCUUCUUGGCCGUUCUUUUCGACGUAGCUGGACUAGUUCUCCUCUUCGUUGGCAUUUUUGCACCCAUCAGUUUUUGGGACUUGUUUGUCCUGACCGGACCAAUCAUCAUCUUCCUUAGCCUGGUGUUUUGGAUCUUUUGGUACCUGGGGAACCUAACGGUGCCAUACCGCGAACUCCUACCCAAGUGA